AUGUUGUCUACCCUUUUGCCCACCUCCCUACGUGUGAUUGCCGUUCUCCUUGGGGCGGCACCAGCCUUGAUUCUGGCCGCUCGGGUGAUUUAUCGACUCCGUUUUCACCCUCUCGCCCAGUUUCAGGGGCCCUGGUAUGCAGCUGCGACUUCGCUUACUUUGGCCGCCCUCUCCCUGGUUAGACUCGAUAUCGUGUGGAUAGAAUACUUAGUGAAGAAGUAUGGCCGAAGGCACCCAAUCCGAAUCCAACCGAAUCUUCUGUUGUUUCCUCAUCCCUCCGCACUAAAGGAAAUAUAUUGCGACCCAAAAUGCAAUACCAAGUCCAGCAUGUAUGGAACUGGCGUUUUCGGUCCUCCACAUCUAUUUUCGACCCUCGACGGCGAUAAGCAUCGUGAGCUUCGAAAGUCUCUAGGAGGUGCACCAUGGACUAUAGGAUCGUUGAAGAACAACUGGGAGCCAAGAUUCGAUGACCACGUCCUCUUACUUUGCCAGAAGUUAAAGGAGAAUGCAGACGCCAAUGAACCGGUGAUUUUGUGUGACAGGGUAGCUCAAUUCGCUGCGGAUAUUGUCACGAUGUUACUCUUCACUGAGCCUUUCGGUUUCGUGCGCAAUGCCAGAGACGAACGUCGAAUUCUUGAGACAUGGCGCCAGAGUCUAAAUAUCUUUGCCUUUGCCUCUCGAUUCAAUUUCUUCCAUUAUUAUCUCGCGAGGAUUCCCGGAUUCAGUACUUUAUUCUUUCCCAAGAAAACAGACGUUUAUGGCAUGGGGUGGCUGAUGGGGGAGUCCGAAAGACAAGUUAAUGAGCGCCAAGCUCUGGUGCAAAGAGGUCUCGCUCCAAAAAUCCCGGACUUUUUGCAACAUUGUCUCGACGCCCGACUGGACAAAAAACCACUGAGCCAAUCCCAGAAGGAGGCUCAUGUGACGCUUUUCGUGCAAGCUGGAUCCGACACUACGGCUACAGCGCUCGGAUCGACCUUGCGUUUCCUCAUAGUUCAUUCAGAAAAACUGGGGCGUGCAACGCAAGAAAUUAAUCAGGCAUAUCGUUCUGGAUUGCUUUCAACCCCGGUGAAAUAUGAGGAAACACGACAACAUCUUCCAUAUAUCGCGGCUUGCAUUAAGGAAGCAUUGAGGCUCCAACCACCAGCGACUAAUCUCUUCGGUCGUGUUGUUCCAAAGGGCGGAAAGAUAAUUGGCGGGCAUUAUAUCCCUUCAGGUGUUGAGAUCACCAGUACGGCGUGCGUUGUUCAAAGGGACCCGGAAGUUUUCCAUCCCGAUCCACAUUUAUUCCGACCAGAGAGGUGGCUGGACAGAAACAAGGCAGCUGAAAUGGAUACUGCUAUAUUUAGUUUCGGAAUUGGCCCACGGACCUGUCUCGGAAGGGACAUUGCACAUAUGGAACUAUACAAGGUUAUUCCGGAGCUUAUCCGGCGGUUCCACUUCGAUCUUGUAGAGCCGGGUGAAUAUCUUGUUUUGAAGCUUGCUGUUUUCAAGUGCUUUCACAUUUAA